UUGCUUCGGGCUGGGUUUGGUUUGGCGAGUGCGGACAAACUUGCUCGUGUGUGACCACCUUCUGCCAGACAUCAGAUCUUGAGCCAUCAGGAUUCCCUCAUGACGACGACUAGCUAACUCGCCCCAGGAUGUCUAUCCCCGACGCUGCUGCUGCCACCACCACGACCUCCUCCGUUGGUGCAAUCGAAACUGUCGCUGCUGCUGCGGUUGGCGCCACCUCUGCCGUUGAUGCCACCACUACCGCCGUCGUAAGAAUGGCGCCAACAGCAACGUUUUCGACGCUUCCGCUGGGUCCGCUGGCCACGGUGGUGCUGUACUUGACGGUGGCCGACAUGGCGCAGUUGAUCGGGACGAACAAGGAGAUGAACACGAGCGCUCUCGACUCGCCCGAGUUCUGGCGGGAGCGUUGUUGCGGCACGUUUGGCCGUCACGUCGACCACAUCGAGUCCGUUGGCAAGAACGAAUUUCGAGCGUUCCACAUGGCAAAGAUGCUGAUGCUGCCAGGCGAGUCGAAAACCAACUCGUGGUUGUCGGGAACGGAAGCAUUCGAGCGGGACGUGUGGACGCGUCAGCUCCUGAGCUCUUCCGUGGGCGCGUCGAGCCAAGACAGAAACGACGAGGGCCCGUCUCACACGCUAUUCGAGUCGCGAUGUGCGAGGAUGCUCCAGGAUAUGCCGUGUGAGAGGAUGCCCCGAGAGGCGUUGGCUUCGAUCGGGAAGCGAUGCCAGAGCGAUUGUGGGUGCGUGUGGCUCGAUAAGUGCUACUGGUCUAGCGAGCCUUCACCCACUGCAGACAAGGAAGAGUGGCUUGACUACGACAUGCAGGAGAACACGGUUGCGGUGGUUGUCUCGUUCAUGCUGACCCCUUACACGUCCUUCUGGCAGCCCGAACAGCCGACGUACAACCCAAUCGAGGCUUGCUUUCAGCUGAUGCACCCUCAAGUCGACGGGGGCAAGACGCCCUACUAAGAGAGCCCUCGGUUUUUUGUGGACCCCCACAUGAAGCGCCAGCAGUACAAUUUGCCCCGGCCGAUCGUGAGUUUUGGCGGGCGGGUCAGGAUCCGCCUCUUGGGGAUGGCGCAAAGGCAAACCUUGCCGGAGAGCAUGGGUGCGACAGCCAACCACUACCACACCUGCAUCUCCUACGCGGCGCUUUGCGGGACCCUCCUCCUCUCUUGCUCUAUUGCCAACCACCCUGAUGGCCCGGCAAGCCGGAGCGCCAAGAUUCCCCCUGUUGCUACCAUUGGCAAAGGACGAGGAGCAGGAGGGGGCGAGGAUGUCGACCAGGGAGGAGGAGCCGCCAGCCCUAUCAAUUGGAAACAGAAGACCAAUGAUAAGUUGCGCAUGCGGUGGGCCGUGCUUGUGCACGUGUACCCGGCCAAGAAGCCAGAUAACGAGGCAGCCCUCGACCAUAAAAGAGCGAAGAAGCCUCUCAAGGUUAAGGUUUAUAGCGACACGCCCUGCCUUGAACUCCUUGAGAUCUACUCGAAGUUUUACUUUCCUGACGAAGAGCGUGCCCGGCUGGCGCUGACGGGAGGGAUGGAGCUCCCCGCUGAAGAUGGCAAGCUCGUUGGAGAGUUCGCCGUCCACGGAAAGCUGUCCCUUGUCGACCCGUCCAGAUAGUAGUGGGAUCAAAAGAAAAAAACUUUUGCCAGGGCGUGGAGCUUUUCGCCGCAACGAUGUACUAGCGCAGGCCGGCUGCUAAUGGGAGGACGGGAGGAAAUGAUCGGCCUCUCUGUCACCAACGGUGCUUACGAUAGCGCAGCAGACCGAUUGAUUUUGGUCCGUGGCCUCUCGCGUACGUAUCGAGAUGAUGUCGAGCGGUGCUAGAGGAGCAUCGUGGGGGCCUGGGGCUGGGGGGAAGGAUCGCGGUGAUGCUUUCGGCAGACAGAUAUCUACCAGCGGCCAUCUGUGGUAAUCAUUUUUUCUUUUGAAACUUGACGGGUAGGUAUUGAAAUAGUUCGGUGAUGGUGUUCUCGAAUAAAUUCACUGCACAACUCUCUUCGCAAGCUGUAGGGGGGACGGGAACGUGAGCAAGCCGUUGGGCUGAUUUUGCUGAGAAUACGUCAAGAACAUGUACAAUACUUCACAGGUCAGUGGAGAGAGUGGGCGCCUAAUGUGCGGCAGUUAUUGCAAAGGAGGUUUAGUUUCGCCUUAAAGGAUGUUCACUGGACAUGUGCAUGUCGAGGGCCCUUGCAACACCGAUCAUUGACCAGUGACGCCCGCUGGAAAAUGACGAAAUGCAUUCUUCUGUGAUUGUGAGGGGGUGAAUCUGGUGAAUGCAGUCGCCAUGAGCUACGUACGGGAGGGUAGCUGUCCCUAGAGAGCAGAAAGAAGCAUGAUGCUUCAUGUGUUGUGGAGGGCAUCAUGUUGAAUUUUCAAUCGAAGAAAUUCUGUUUCGUUCUGUCUCCAAAACCGAGGGCCAUAUGAUGUGGUAAGUGUUGGAUGGAUGAGGCCUGCCUCUUGUCUCCUGCACCGGUCAGGAGUCCUCGCCUAAUGUCCCAAUGUGAUAUGUCACCACGUGAUGACACAAUAC